CGUUGGCAAUUACCUCAAAUCACCAAGCGACGCGUGUCCCGUCCUACGUGGUUUAGCCAAUCGCCGUGAAGGCUGUGAGUCCGUGACGUCGGGGUCGGGGACCUUAUCAUGAAUUUGCUAAAUAUAUAAACGUCAAAAAAACAUAGCUCUUUUUGUGAUAGAGAAAUAAGGGCGAGAGUUUGAACUUGCAACUCGCCUUGGCUGAGAGAAUUGUGAGAAGGAAGGGGAAAAGCCUGCAAGGAGAAGUAAUCACCUGCGACGCUCUCAACUACCGGAUCGGAUCUACCCGUAACCAUGACGACUUCAAGGCGUUUGGCUGAUAGGAAGGUGGAGAAGUUUGAGAAGAACAUAACAAAGAGAGGGGCGGUUCCUGAGACAACCGCCAAGAAGGGCAAGGAUUAUCCUGUUGGCCCUAUUCUCCUUGGAUUCUUCGUCUUUGUUGUCAUUGGCUCAUCUCUGUUUCAGAUAAUCAGGACUGCUACAAGCGGAGGCAUGGCCUAAUUGAAGAUUAGCCUGCGGCUGAUGCUUCUAAGUUGUGAGAGAUGCAUCAGACUGCAUCAACCAACCAGUCGUGUUAUUUACCGUUGUUUUGUUAGCCAGUAGGAAACUGAUGAUAUACAAUGUGAUGUAGUACUAAAAACAGUGGUGUUUCUAUCUUGUGAAGUUAAAAGAAGUUUGAAUAAAGGAACCCCUUCCUCUGCUUCACUUAA